AGUCCGGGGUGAAGUUUAACGCAACCGUCGCUUGUCUCGCUUCCUUUUUCUGACGGUGAAGAUUAAAGAGGAAGAUUUGAUUAUCCUGAGCUGUUUUCAGUUCUUCCAGACGAAGAUAUUUUGAUUUUUUAAAAAAAUAUUAUCUAUAUAUCUACCGAGGAUGAUGAAAGAUUGACGGACUCUUAAACCCCUGGGCAGUUAACCAAGCUGAACUUCUGCAGAGUUGCUACAACAACUUCUUUUCUCUGGAAAUAAGAGUUCAACAUAGCUGGGGGGCUUUUUUUCGAGGAUUUCCCCCACCCCCUUUGAUUUGGCUGGAAUCAACUCUACAAUCCCUGCUGAGUUAUUCCUCUGCUGCUCCAGAUUUUGAGGAGACCCCUGAGGACAAGACAACCAUCCGAGGUCAAAGAAGGAGGUGGGGACAACUGCCACACCCUGCAAUUGUUGUGAAGAAGCCAUGGGGUGCAAUACAAAUUGUGGCUUGCUGACCGUCGCAACCGUCGGGGCAGUGGUGGCCAUCCUUGGAGGGAUUCUGAUCCCGGUUGGAAAGUACUUCGUUCGCGAGACAAUAAAAAAGGAAGUUGUCCUCGAAAAUGGUACCAUCGGCUACGAGAACUGGAUUCUGCCGGGAAGUACCAUUUACCGAGAGUUUUGGGUUUUCGAUGUCCAGAACCCAGAGGACGUGAUGGAGAACGGUUCGCCUCCGAUACUUAAGCAGAAAGGACCGUACACUUACAAGAUGCGCUAUCUUCCCAAAGAAAACAUCAUGGAACACGAAGAUGCCACCCUGUCUUACCUCCAGCCAAAUAUUAUCAUUUUUCAACCUGAUAAGUCGGUCGGGCCGGAAAACGAUACAUUCACCACCCUCAACCUUGCUAUUGUGGCUGCACCGGCUUUGUUUAAAAACGGAUUUCUUCAAACCUUGAUGAAUAUCUGGAUGAAAUCGUCAAAAUCAAAUUUCCUCCAGACUAGAACUGUGAAAGAAAUACUUUGGGGCUAUGAAGAUCCUUUCUUGAAAAAACUCCCAAUUAUAAAAAUUGAUAGAGUUGUUGGAGUAUUCUAUCCUUACAACGGAACUUUUGAUGGCCCUUACCGGAUUUAUAGUGGCAAAGAUGAUAUAAACAAGAAAGGAACUAUCGUCACUUUUAAUAAUAGCAGGACCCUCCAAUACUGGACAAGUUAUUGUAAUAUGGUGAACGGCACUGAUGCGACUUCGUUCCACCCUUUUGUCCAAAAGAGCGAAAAGCUUUAUUUCUUUUCCUCGGAUGUUUGCAGGUCCGUCUUUGCAACAUUCCAAAAGGAUGUGAUAGUGAAGGACAUCCCACUGUAUCGCUUCACUGUCCCUCCUUCGUCUUCUGCUUCCUCCGUCACCAAUCCUGAUAAUAUCUGUUUCUGCACCGAUUGGGAGAUAACCUAUAACUGUUCCGUGAGUGGGUUCCUGGAUAUCAGCAGCUGCAAACAAGGGAAACCAGUCUACCUCUCGUCGCCCCAUUUCCUGAAUGUAGAUCAGAGAGAAUUUAAAUAUGUGAAGGGGUUGGAACCCAAUAAGAAAGAACAUAGCACGUUUCUUGAUGUGGAACCGAUCACGGGGUUAACCUUGACCUUUGCCAAAAGGUUGCAGGUGAAUUUAUUGGUGAGACCCAAUCUAAAAAUCACCGCGCUAAGAAACGUCAAACAUCACUUUUACUUUCCUAUUUUGUGGCUGAAUGAGUCGGCGAUUAUCAGCGAUGAGAAAGCAGAAUUUUUCCGAUCGAAAGUGACCAACAAGAUCAAGUUGCUGCAGCUCCUUCAAUUGGCGCUAAUGAUCGUCGGCUCCGUGACAUUCCUGGGAUUCCUCUUUGCCUUUUUCAUUUGCAAAGGGAAGAACCCAAAAUGAGUCAAGUCAGGUUUAGAAUUUAAGAUCUCUCAGUUGAUUCGUUGAUAAUCGGAAGGACUCUCGGUUCCACCAGAUUCUGGGUUCCGUGGUGGGACCUUAAAAAUUGUGCGUAGCGAGAAAAGAGGGAAAGAAUGGCACAGCUUUCCAACGAAUAGAUAAUAUUCGAUGUGAAUUUCACACCCAGCCAGAUUUUCAAACUUUGUGAGUGAUGCACAACUUUGGAAAGAUGGCUGUCGUGCAGGGCAGGUGCCGUGUCACAAAUGGCCCCUGUUUCUUAGCGGUUUCGUUUUUAACAGUGUAUUUGUCAGCGCGACUCGCUUAACAAACCUUUCAAUUAGCAACGGGACAUCCUGUGUUUUCCAUAUAGCAACCCCCUUUUCGGAAUCCUGAAUCGGGACGUUCGCUCUCCCACGCGCUCUUCGCUGAAUUUAGGGGACUCUGUUUUUAACUAGGUAGACUCCAGCCAUUCACUAUUUUAUUGUCAUUUUGGGUUUUUUUUUUUUUUUUUUUUUUGAAACUGUGUUUGUUGUUAACAUUGUGAGGGCCCCCCCACCCCAGAGUUGGUUUUGAAAUCAAGUGGCAUAUAAGUCAAAUAACACUGCAAGCAUCAGCCCCUGUUUAUGAACAGAGAAAGGAGAGAGAGAUACCUAAAUGAAUGGGUUAGACUAGAAGACCUCCGAGGUCCCUUCCAACUCUGGUAUUCUACGAGACCGCCUUCUGCCGCCAAUAGCUUCCCACCGGCCAGUUCGCUCGCACAGAGAGGGCCUCCUCAGGAUGCCGUCGGCCAGACAGUGCCGGCUGGCGACCCCCAGGGGGAGAGCCUUCUCUGUGGGGGCACCUGCCUUCUGGAACGAUCUACCCCCCCGAGAUACGCACAAUACCAGACCUCUGGACUUUUCGUCGGGCCCUGAAAACACAUCUAUUUCAUCUAGCCAGGCUGGCUUGAUCCCAUCCGUUCGGUUUUAAUUUGUAAUUGGUUUUAACUGGGUUGUUUUAAAUUGAUGGCCGAAAUUAUUUAAUGUCUUUUAAACUGUUUUUAAAUUUUAUAUGUUGUGUUUUACCGUGGCUGUUCACCGCCCUGAGUCCUGUUGGAGAAGGGCGGUAUACAAAUAAAAUAAAAUAAAAUAAAAUAAAUAAAUUACUAUUUUCUAUAUUA